AUGACUGAAUGGAGCCCUAGUUCGUGGACCCAAAAGCCCAUCAAGCAAGAUGUCAUCUAUGAGGAUCGCCAAGGGUUGAAAGACUCGCUGGAGAAGCUGCAGAAGCUACCUCCCCUUGUAACAACACGAGAAAUCAUUCAACUUAAGGACAACCUGCGAAAUGUCGCUUUGGGCAAAGCAUUUGUUUUGCAAGGUGGUGACUGUGCGGAGCUAUUCGACUACUGUAACCAAGACAUGAUCGAAGCCAAGGUCAAGCUUCUGUUGCAAAUGAGCUUGGUCCUGAUUUGGGGUGCCAAUAAACCUGUUAUUCGUAUUGCCCGCAUUGCAGGUCAAUUUGCCAAGCCGCGCUCAAGCUCAACAGAAGUAGUCAACGGAGUGGAAAUGCCCUCCUUCCGCGGUGACAACAUCAACGGAUUUGAUGCCAAUCCCCAGUCCCGCCAACCAGACCCAUCGCGUCUGGUCUCAGCCUACUUCCACUCAGCGGCAACAUUAAACUACCUUCGCGCCUCCCUUUCAUCUGGUCUAGCAGACCUGCACUCCCCUCUAGACUGGGGUCUGGGACACGUAAUCACACCCUCAAUCAAAGAGAAGUACGAACUUACAGUGAACGCCGUCAAAGAUGCCCUCCGCUUCAUGCGGACCGUAGGAAUCGACAAGGAUCGCGGCGUGGAAACAGCAGACAUCUUCACCAGUCAUGAAGGUCUCUCACUCGAAUACGAGCAAAGCCUAACCCGACUUCUUCGACACCCACCAUCCACAACUACAGCUAACCCGACCCAUGCCGACUCCGGGUACUAUGCAACAUCCAGCCAUUUCCUCUGGAUUGGCGACCGAACACGCCAACUCGACGGCGCACACGUCGAGUUCUUCCGUGGAAUCGCCAACCCCAUCGGAAUCAAGAUCGGGCCUAGCAUGGCCUCGGACGAGCUAGUGAACUUGCUCAAUGUCGUCAACCCGGAGCGCGAGAUCGGUAAGGUCACUUUGAUCUCGCGGUAUGGUGCUUCUAAAAUUGCAAACUUCUUGCCUGGGCAUAUCGCCGCUGUGCAGGCUUCUGGCCAUAUCCCUGUCUGGCAGUGUGAUCCCAUGCACGGCAAUACGCAGAGUACGCCGUCUGGGGUGAAGACGCGUCAUUUCACGGAUAUCUUGUCUGAGUUGCGUCAAGCGCUGGAGAUUCAUCGGGCUGCUGGGUCGUUCUUGGGUGGUAUGCAUCUUGAGUUAACUGGUGAGGCUGUUACAGAGUGUGUCGGUGGUGCGGCUGGGUUGACCGAGGAUGGUCUCGGGGAGCGGUAUACUACUUUCUGUGAUCCGCGACUGAAUGAGAAGCAAGCUUUGGAGCUGGCUUUCUUGGUUGCCGGCUUCUAUCGCGAGGAGUCUGAGUGUUGA